AUGCUGGGCAAGGGAAAGCUGCUGGUGGUGGUGAUGGUGAUGGCGACAGGAGUCUCAGGCUUCAGCAGCUUUGGAUCGCUCAGACCGAGACGGGGAGAUGUGAAUCUUAGAAGGCUGGAGAUGGUCGCAGACGCCGACAUUGUUAAUGGAGUAUUCCCUGUGAGUGCAGACGCGCUCAAAUACUUUCUCGCCGGAGGAAUCUCAGCAUCAGUCUCGCACGGAGGGACGGUACCCAUAGACGUUGUCAAGACAAGGCUUCAGACUGACCCUUCUAUGAGAAAUUCGAAUUUCAUAGUGGGAACGAAAACUAUCAUCAGGAACGAAGGAGCUUCGACGUUGCUGGGGGGUCUGGGUAGCACCUUGAUAGGAUAUGCGAUCCAGGGGUCGCUCAAGUACGGGUUCUACGAGCUUUUCAAGCCCGUCGUCCUUGCGAAAGUGACGGACCAGAAGCUCGUUGCCUUCCUCCUCGCUGCCGCCAUGGCUGAGCUGAUCGGCAGUACGGCUCUCUGUCCCCUAGAGGCCACCAGGAUCCGACUUGUCGCCGAUCCCUCCUACGGAAGGGAAGUUUUCGAUGCUCUCCCACGACUGAUCGAAGAGAAGACUCCUGCCAUCAAGUUCACCAUCUCCACCCUCUGCGCGAUGGUUGCAGCGAUCGCAAGCUCGUUGGCGUCACAGCCUGGCGAUUCGAUCCUGUCGGAAGUGAACAAGGGAGGAGAGAAGACGAUCGCAGAUGUUAUCAAGAGCUUCGAGUUGUCAGAUUACUUCAGAGGAACUCAAGCGCGACUCGUUCAUAUGAUGUCUAUUGUGACGGUGCAGCUUGUCUUGUAUGACAUCAUCAAGGCCUCUGUUGGUUUGAGUGCGACUGGAGCACACUGA